CUCUCUCUCUCUCUCUGUCUGUCUGACACUUUGCAGCUGCAAAUGGAUAAGUUUAAGACGGUUCUAAAUAUUGCCAACAAACAGACCAACCUUGGCUUUGGGUUGGUGGCUCUGAUGACAGCAGGAGGAGAGCAGAUCUUCUCCUCGGUGGCCUUUAAGUGCCCCUGCAACGAGCUAAACUUUCUCUAUGGAAUGGUCUUCCUGCUGGUACCGGCGCUUGCUUUGCUGCUGUUGGGCUACAUCCUGAGUAAAAAGAUGUGGAGGUUGUUAACAGGUUUCUGGUACAACAGGGCAAAGAAGUGUGCCUGUAAAAACUUGAUUGCCACUUUCAAGGCUUUCCUCCAGAUCAGUUCCAUGGCGUUCGUGGCACCGUCUACCUGGAUUGCUGUUGCUCUACUUCAUGGAAACUAUUAUGAGUGUGCAAUGACGGGGACCACCAUUAACAGUUACAACCAGUAUGUGUGCAAAGAUAAGUCGGACUGUGCAAAGAACCUCCACAUGUUCCCUUGUGAUAAACGUAAUGAGGAAGUUCUCCGUAUCAUAAGAGCUCAAUCUCAGAUUCUAGGUUGGCUUGUCAUCUCGUCCAUCAUGUUGUCCAGCUUACUGAUUAUCUGCUGGGCUCGCUGCAAUUCCCCAAUCAGCUACCAGCAGCUCAAGUUCUGGAUGGAAUAUGCUGAGGAGGAAAGUGCACUCAUGGAUAAAUACACCGAUAAACAUGCUAAAGAUCUUGCUGAGAGAAACCUCAAGAGCUUUUUCAACCAGACAGUACCAGAAAACAUCAUCACUCCUUCAAACAAGGACUGGGAGAAAAUUUCUUCUUUAUACAGGUUUAGCACCAAAGACCACUACUACAGCACUUUGCAUCGAUACGUGGAGUCCAAUGAGGACAAAACCGAUGAAGGGAUUAGGAUGACUUCAAUAAGGUCAAAUGAGUCGACUGAUAACCCAGCUGUGCUUCAUUUUGUGGAUGGUGGAAUGGUUUCAAUUUGAGAAAGCGCACAAAUGAAUUGUGUACAAGAUACAUUUCAAAAGGAGAAGAGUGUGACUUCAUUGGGAGUGACGCUUGAUUGUUAAGGGUACAACCUGAGAUUAAGGGUAAAGUCUGAAAUUUGAUUAUAUUUUGUAGGAACUGUAUAUGGUGGCACAGAGUUGCAAAUUUGCAAAUACAUAAAUGUGCAGAAAAUGUAAAACCUGCUGUAAAUGCAUCAAUGAUGCCAACACACAAAAAACAAGCUAAGGAAAAAUGCUGAGAGCUAAAAAAAAAACGCAAGUUUAAAAAUAUGCAUAAAAAAAAAAACACAUACAGGACGUCAAAUGCCUCACACUGACUUUGAUGUGGCUGCAGUGCGGGCACUAAAAGGAACAUUUUAGAAUAAAAUCAGCCCACCAGCCUCAGUCAACUAAUGUAAACAAAAAGGGAAAACAAAACAUAGACAAACAAUAUUUAUGUGCAUGGAUAUUAGGUUUUGCCCCAGAACUAUACUGUAACUAUAAAGAGUGUGAAUCCACCUGAACUUAUGAUCUGGUGAAAGCCAGUUCUGUAGCUGCGACCGAAAUGGCCACAGUGUCAGUUAAUUAGCAGCAACUUGAGGAUGUUUUUGCUUCAUACAACAUUAAGCAUAUUUUUUUGUUAUGUUAAUGUUUUUUGUGUUUACAACACUUUUAUCUAUUUACAGCACAUUUCUAUGUUUGCAGCAAUCGUCAACCUCGACCACCACAAUUGUUUUCCUCUGUUUUUCUCUUGAUUAUGUUGUUCAGCUAUUGAUUCCUAUUGAAAUCAACUUUGUCUCACUGUUGAAUAGAAAUCCAACUGUUUUCAGGCUACAGUUGUACCUGUAUAUAUUAUAUUACUGUUUUCCCCCCCUGAACUCAUAACCACCUUGAUUCCAACUAUGCUUGUGACUUUUCUUUGUCUGUAAUUCGAGGUAUUUUCAUUAAUAUUAAUGUCUCAUUCUGUGCUCGAUCCUUAUAAACUGCUUUAUUUUCCAUGAAAAAAAAAUUACUUGUUUUCUCCAGUCCGUGUUUUAAAGAUAUAUUCCAUGAAGAAUGCAUGAAAACAGUUUCUACUGCUGCUUUACUCAUUUUUGCUGAUGAUUGCAUGAAUUGGGCUAUUUGGCAAAAAUAACAGUAAGCUGGAGAAAAGCAAAAGAAAUUGUCAGAUGGGUUUUAGUCUUAUCCCAAAAAAGUAAAAAAAAAAAAAAAAUUAGACAUGUAUCAGGUAUAGCAGGCUAACAAAAAAAAACAACUCCCCAUUCCUGAGGAGCGGACGCAAGGCGGACCCAUUCGUCCGGUUGAAUUUGCAUGUUCUCUAAGCCAAAACAAAGCUUUGUUUGUGGUCAACUCUUGAUCUUACUGUAGAUAAACAUUUUGUUAAACCUUA